GCCAAAUUACACUUUUGUUGCCCUUCAUUACGUGACCUCACUUUAAUUACCCGUACCCACAACGACAAAAACCAACACUUGCUCUCCCUCUCUAUAUAUUGCUUAAUUUUCCAUGAUUUCAUAGUACACAGCGACUUGCUAUUGUAUAACACCAUGGCUCCGGUGAAUAUAACUUCAAUCAAAACGGCAUCAAGUGGAUUAUGGCAAGGUGAUAAUCCUCUAGACUUCGCCUUCCCACUCUUAAUCGUCCAAAGCACCUUAAUCAUCGUCGUCAGCCGCUUCCUCGCCUUCCUUCUCAAACCCCUCCACCAACCCAAAGUUAUCGCCGAGAUUGCUGGUGGAAUUUUGCUUGGGCCGUCAGCCUUCGGAAGAAACAAGUAUUACCUACACAAAAUAUUUCCCUCAUGGAGCACUCCAAUACUCGAAACCGUGGCAAGCAUUGGUCUUCUCUUUUUCUUGUUCCUCGUAGGCAUUGAGCUCGAUUUAAGCUCAGUCCGACGUCGUAGUGGAAGAAGCGCUUUUGGCAUAGCCCUCGCUGGCAUAUCGCUGCCUUUCCUAUGUGGCAUCGGCGUCGCUGUCGUCCUCCGGAGAACGAUCGACGGAUCUGACAAGGCCGGCUUCAGUCAGUUCGUUGUGUUCAUGGGAGUGUCACUUUCCAUCACGGCCUUUCCUGUUCUCGCCCGCAUUUUAGCAGAGCUCAAGCUUUUAACUACUAGGGUUGGCGAGAUUGCAAUGGCUGCUGCCGCUCUGAACGACGUCGCUGCAUGGAUCUUGCUCGCUCUCGCGGUGGCCUUGGCCAGUGACGGUGAUGAUGGCCAUAAGAAGAGCCCUUUGGUAUCAAUCUGGGUCCUCCUAUCAGGUGUUGCAUUUGUUGCUUUCAUGAUGGUGGUGAUCCGACCGGCCAUGAACUGGGUGGCCCGCCUGAGCUCUCCAGAGCAAGAUGCAAUAGACGAAGCCUAUAUAUGCUUAACCCUAGCCGGAGUCAUGGUAUCCGGAUUCAUUACUGACCUAAUUGGUAUCCAUUCUAUAUUUGGAGCCUUCGUCUUUGGUCUAACAAUUCCCAAAGGAGGACAGUUUGCGGAAAGAUUGAUAGAGAGGAUUGAGGACUUUGUGUCCGGCUUGUUGCUUCCACUUUACUUUGCAUCAAGUGGGUUGAAGACCGAUGUAGCGAAAAUACACGGAGGAGGGGCGUGGGGGCUGUUGGUGCUAGUUAUAUCGAUCGCUUGUGCCGGGAAGAUAUUGGGGACGUUUGCGGUGGCAAUGCUAUUUAUGAUUCCGGCUAGAGAAUCGUUGACGCUCGGUGUGCUCAUGAACACCAAAGGGUUGGUGGAGCUCAUUGUUCUCAACAUUGGCAAGGAGAAAAAGGUGCUUAAUGAUGAGACAUUUGCUAUUCUAGUCCUCAUGGCACUCUUUACCACCUUUAUCACAAGUCCACUAGUGAUGGCCAUUUACAAGCCUGCACGUGGCGUCUCAGUUCGCACUCAUCGCAAGCUCCGUGAUCUGUCAACCACUGUAUCCUUCAAGGACGAACUUCGAGUCCUGGCGUGUGUCCAUGGGCCUGCCAAUGUGCCCUCACUCAUUAGCCUCAUUGAGUCCAUCCGAAGUGCCAAGAAAGCGCAACUCAAACUCUUCCUCAUGCGCCUUGUGGAGCUCACGGAGCGAUCUUCUUCCAUCAUCAUGGUCCAACGGGCUCGAAAGAACGGCUUUCCCUUCUUUAAUAGAUUCGGCCGAGGUGCCUGGAGCGACGGCGUUGUUUCCGCCUUCCAGGCCUAUAGCCAACUGGGGCGAGUCUCGGUCCGACCCACAACUGCAAUAUCACCCAUGUCCACAAUGUACGAGGAUGUUUGCCAUACGGCGGAAGACCAGAGGGUGGCGAUGAUCAUCUUGCCAUUCCACAAACAAUGGAGGCGAGACGGCGAUAAUCAUGAAGCGACGGAGAUUGUGAGCCAGGCCUGGCGAGGGGUCAACCAGAGGGUGCUUCAAACUGCACCGUGCUCAGUUGCAGUGCUCGUGGAUCGUGGAUUUGCUAACACCAGAACCCAGCGGAUUUGCAUUGUGUUUUUCGGUGGGCCCGAUGAUCGGGAGGCCUUGGAGUUAGGCGGUAGGAUGGCCGAACACCCGACAAUUAAAGUGACGGUUGUGAAAUUUGUUGAGAAAGAGGGUUUGGAGAGUAAUGGUCUCAUGUUAAAGCCUUCUCCCUCCGAGUCUACCGAGAAUAGCUAUAGUUUCUCCACAGCUAAAAUGGACCGAAAGAAAGAAAAGGAACUGGAUGAGGAAGCAGUGGCUGAGUUCAGAAGCAAGUGGGAUGGGAAAGCAGAGUGCGUAGAGAAGGUGGCAGCCAAUAAUAUUGUGGAGGGGGUUUUGGCGAUAGGAAGUAGUGGAGAUCAUGAUCUGUUAAUUGUAGGCAAAGGAAGAUUCCCGUCACGCAUGGUAGCAGAACUUGCCGACCGCCAUGCAGAGCAUGCAGAGUUAGGCCCCAUUGGAGACAUAUUGGCUUCAUCAGGCCAUGGUGUGGUCUCAUCAGUGCUUGUGAUUCAACAACAUGACGUAGCUCAUUCCGUGGAGGCUCCAGUGUCGAAGGUUGUGCAUGGUGAUUACGAAGGGUUCGUCGCAGAUGAGUCCUCCAGUACUGUGCUUGAGAUGUCUAAGGAAUCUGUGUGACCUAAUUCACUAAUUAACAAGUACAAAUAAGUGGUUACAAGUUUCCUUUUCUUUGUUUUUUGGUCGAAUAAGUUUCCUUUUGAGAGUGGGUUUCCUGAGAUUUGUAGCCAAGAGAACUAUCUUACGAGGAUUUCUUCAUUCUCUGAAAUUCAUCGGCAGGGCCACAUAGUUAAGAAUUAGUGUAUGAAAUUAUACAAAGCUACUUUGAUAUUCUCUUCGAACAUGAGCAGGGUUGGUCCAUA